AGCACAAAGAAAGAGAAGCCCAAGGGAAAGCAAAGCUCUAGUUGGAGGAAGAGGGAAGCUAGGAAAAUCCACAAGAAAUAGCUUGAGUUUAAGCAAAAACAGGUAAAUAUUCCCGAAUGAGCGGAAACAUGCAAUGCACCUUGGAACAGCAAAAAUAGGGUCAAAAGCAAAAAGGGGUCGAAAACCGGCAUUUCUGGAUAAAUUUCGGGCAUCAAAAGAGAAAAAAGAAGCUAAGUAUACAUUUGGGCGCAGGAACCGGCGCCGGUCAUCCUACAUCCGGCGCCGGUCGUUUGAAUUUUUUCCCAAAAAUCGCCUGUUUCCAACCGGCGCGGAGCGACCGGUGCAUUUUUGCACACGACCGGCGCCGGACAUCUUACAACCGGCGCCGGAUGGGGCGAUUUCAGCACAAAACAGGCCAACGUGCAAGAGGAUUUUUGAUGGGAAAAGGUCAUCUUCCUCAUUUCUUGAUCAAAUAUUGCUCCACACCUGCUUGUUGGGUUUGAAUAGGCUAAAAGAUGCCAUUCUUUAGCCUAUAUAAAGCCCUCAAUUCAUCAUACAAACACAUUCCAUUCCAUAGAUUAAUUCUUAGCUUUUAUAUUUUUGUUCUUGGUGUUUUCUUCAAGUUCUUGAGGAGGGAAGUUCAUCCUCCGAAAUCAUUGGUGUUUAGGUAUUAUUUCCUUUGUAAUUUCAUGUUCCAUUAC